GAUCCCACCGCUGCACCCGGACAAGUCUGCUCCCACAAGUGUGAGGCCACCCGCCGCGACUCGUACCUAGCGGGUCUUUUGUUCGUCGACAUAUGCUUUUUUGGUUUCUCUUCGUACAACAGCGCACGCCCCCACCCUGUGUUCAUGCCACAGGAGUGCUGUGCUGAAUGCUUUCAUUCUUUCAUUGGACAGAAGGUUAUUUGAACAAGAUCAAACUUUUUGUGCAAAUCGU